GAGCUUUGUACAUAUCCCUGUUGUAUAGUUGCCUAAACAAUUUCAAGAUUUAUAUUUAUACACAUUAAUGCAAUCUUUAUCCGUAUCCAUGUACUAAUACGGUAAUAUCCCCAUCCAUAUCCAAAUAUCUAUCUCUCUCUAUAUAUAUGGAAUAGGUAAAAAACUUUUGAAGGAAAAAACUCCUGCAUAGAAAAUUAUCAUGGCCUCGUUGGAAGAAGGAAGAGCUGAAGACACCCAAAUGAAGUUUAAUAAGUAUGCAGCUGCAUGUGCAAUAGUUGCUUCAAUGAUAUCCAUUAUAUUUGGCUAUGAUACUGGUGUAAUGAGUGGUGCUAUGAUAUUCAUAAAAGAUGACCUGAAAAUCGAUGAUACACAAGUGGAAGUCCUUGCCGGAAUUUUGAAUUUAUGUGCUUUAGUGGGUUCCCUUAUAGCGGGAAGAACUUCUGAUUUCAUCGGCCGGCGAUACACAAUUGUUGUAGCCUGCACAAUUUUCAUGAUUGGUUCAGUUCUGAUGGGAUAUGGUCCGAAUUACGCUAUUCUAAUGACAGGAAGAUGCACUGCUGGUGUUGGGGUUGGCUUUGCUCUUAUGGUUGCUCCAGUUUACUCUGCGGAAGUAUCAUCACCAUCAUCAAGAGGUUUCUUGACCUCUUUGCCUGAGCUUGGAAUCAGUAUUGGGAUUUUACUGGGCUAUAUUUCAAAUGUUCUUUUUGGAAAACUGAGUCUAAAACUCGGUUGGAGAAUGAUGCUUGGAAUUGCUGCUAUACCUUCGGUUCUUGUAGGCUUUGGAAUUCUAAAAAUGCCAGAAUCUCCAAGAUGGUUAGUGAUGCAAGGCCGUUUAGGGGAAGCCAAGAGAGCCCUACUUGAUGUAUCUAACUCUAAAGAAGAAGCUGAAGCCCGUUUCAGAGACAUAAAAGUUGCAGCUGGAAUAGAUGUGAAUUGCAAUGAAGAAUUUGUCAAACUUCCAAAAAACACACAUGGAGAAGAGGUAUGGAAAGAGUUACUAUUACAUCCAACACCAGCCGUCCGGUGGAUACUAAUCGCUGCAAUAGGAAUCCAUUUCUUUGAGCAUGCAGUAGGAAUUGAAGCAGUUAUUCUUUAUGGUCCAAGAAUUUUCAAGAAAGCUGGAAUUACAGACAAAGAAAAGCUCUUGCUUGCAACAGUUGGGAUAGGGCUUACGAAGUUUCUCUGUAUAUUAACAGCCACGUUUUUGCUUGACAGAGUUGGGAGGAGACGCUUGCUACUAUCAAGCACAGCUGGGAUUAUAGGUUCACUGACACUUCUAGGAUCUUUCUUGACAAUAGUAGAGUACCAUAAUGGAGGGAAACUCAUGUGGGCUCUUAGCCUUAGUAUUGUAUCUACAUACAUGUUUGUGGCUUUCUUCAACAUUGGGCUUGCUCCUGUCACAUGGGUUUACAGUUCUGAGAUUUUCCCAUUGAAGUUGAGGGCUCAAGGGUAUAGUAUUGGUGUGGCUGUCAAUAGGCUAAUGAAUGCCACAAUCUCUAUGAGUUUCAUUUCACUCUAUAAAGCAAUUACUAUAGGUGGAACAUUUUUCUUGUUUGCUGGUGUUGCUGUUCUUGGCUGGUUUUUCUUCUAUUUUCUUUUCCCAGAAACCAAGGGAAGGUCCUUGGAAGAGAUGGAGUUGCUAUUUAGCAAGGGCGUUAGAGGUAGAAAUCUUCAGCUUCAGCCAACCAGUAAUGCCUAGUAUAUAUUUAGUAUAAACCUUGCAAGAAAAAUAUAAAUACAUUUAGUGUAUGGUUAGAAUGCUGUGACAUAGAAAGAAUCGUGUAGUACUAGAUAAUCUAGCACUGGAAAUGUGUCUACUUUCUUUCUUCUAGAGUUGUACUUAAAUGAAAUCAAUCUAUUUGUAAAAAGAAAUAUAGGGUAAUAAAUAUUGUGGUUUUAAUGUUACUA